AUGAAUUUACAAUUAGAGACAAUUGAACGCAUCUGUUAUACAUCACCGGAUAAGACACGGUUGGGAUUAACCGAUUGCGAUGUCAUCCUUUGUAAUAUAGAUUUAGACAACUCUUUGGUCGCCAUUCUCAGGGAUGCCUUCACUACAAAAGUCUAUACAAAUGGCAAAUCCGUAAAAAAAAUGAAAUUUCACUCAUCAUUAGCGCCGUUCAAAGUAGGCAUCGCUUUCAGAGAUAAUGUUAUAAUAAACGAGGCUUUAAUGGAUUUAACCAAUCAUUUAAUACAAUCGCUGAGACUCUUUGACAUACCUGUGCUGCCGUUUACGCCAAACAAAUUGGUUUCAAUCGAGCAGUGA